ACGAGCUCAUGAUUCCAUCGCUGCGCCGCGCGGUGCAUUCUGGUAGAAGUUGAAAGAUUCAAGAUGGCGGCGAGCAGGAGACUACACAAGGAACUUGAAGAAAUCCGCAAGUCUGGGAUGAAAAACUUCCGUAACAUUCAAGUUGAUGAAUCAAACAUAUUGACAUGGCAAGGCCUUAUUGUUCCAGACAACCCUCCAUACGACAAAGGGGCAUUCAGGAUCGAGAUCAUCUUCCCUGCAGAAUACCCUUUCAAACCACCCAAGAUCACGUUCAAAACGAAGAUCUACCACCCCAACAUUGACGAGAAGGGACAGGUCUGCCUGCCUGUCAUUAGUGCAGAGAACUGGAAACCAGCCACCAAAACUGACCAAGUAAUCCAGUCGCUCAUCGCCCUGGUGAACGACCCACAGCCAGAACACCCUCUGAGGGCCGACCUAGCAGAAGAAUACUCAAAAGACCGUAAAAAAUUCUUUAAGAACGCAGAAGAGUUUACAAAGAAACACGGCGAAAAGCGGCCAGUGGACUAACAAUACCUGACAAGUGUGUAGCCCCAGACCCCCUCCUCCUCCUCCUUUUCUGAUCCUCUCCCCCUUCGCUCUGCUACCCAAACGCCAUCCUUUAUCCCUUCCUCCAGCUUUUCCCCUCCUUCUCCUUUCCACGUGUCACUGUAGUCGAGCUGGAGAAGAUCAGCGCCGCUGCAGCCUCCGUCUUGAAGCAGGACGCCCUGAGGACAUCCCAUCAGUUUCUGCUGUUAGCUUGAGGCCCUUAUACUAACUUUCUUACCAUGUUGUUCAUUUUGGUUUUAAUUUGUUUUCUUUCUAAAUUUGGUUCGAGGAUAACUUAAAAGACACGGAAGUCGGAAGUUGUACUGGGGCGUUUCAGUUGUACAUGCUGUUGACCCUUUUUUGUAAUGAAAUCCAAUCAUUGCGUUGUUUAUUAUUAUUAUUAUUACACACAACUUUCGGAAAGUACUUUUUGGAAGUGACAGUUCAUUUAAAUCUGAAUGGAUUGUAAUUUAUCAUGUAUAUUAUUAUUGUUACGUUGUUCCCUUGCAUUUUAUUAACUUUUUUGAUUUCUGCAAAGUGAAAGGAGACGUGUAAGGAGGUCAUGCAGCUGGAGGAUUUCGGCGACGGCGACAGAUUAUUUCAUAUAUAUCUUUUUACUUUUCACUGCACUUGUUGGGUUGCACCGUAUGUCUGAGGAACAGGCUACUUUCAGCCCUUUACCAAGCCUCAAAUCGGCAAAACCACUGUAAAGUCUGAAACAAGCGGCGGCUUAAGAGCCGAUGUUGCUAUGAAAUACUUUUGUUUCACAAAUGAAAAAAAAGGAAGGAUGAAAACAAUGCUCUUUGUGUGAGUGAACGUAAUUUUUCCAUGAUGAUCACUAAUUUUAAACAUCUUUUAACACGUUUCAUAGGAAACUCUUGUAUAUUGUUGAUUAUUUGGGUUUAAACCUACAAAUGGCCCCUAGGAUUACGGACAUGUGUGCUACUGAGGAUUAUUACUCCCGUUUUUUUCCCCCCCAGCACAGAAUAAACGCAGUAGUUUACCAUCAGUUUUCUAGAACAUUCUCUUCGAAGUAUAUUAUCCUGUCGGAUUUCAUCUUAAUGGUUCCUUACGCCACUCUUUCUAAUGCAAAUGGACAUUCGGGCUUUCUCUAGUUAAAGAUAUUCAAGUAAUAUUUGCUUCUGGAUAUGGGUGAAGUCUCGCAGUAUGCCUCAAAGUUUUUUAUUUUCUCGUUAAAGGCUUACUUUUCGGUCAUUUAAAAAGCGCUCCAGAUUUUGUGUACCAAAAUAAAGGAAGACCAAAUGCAGGAGAAACUCGGGUUUGAUUGACUUUUGGGUUUUUCUUAUUGAAGUCAACCGAUCCAAAUAUCUUAAAAGAGCAUUACGGAUUUUGUGUGAUGAAAUCAAAUCCAAUCUUGAGAGUUUAGCGAUUUUGUUUAACCUGAAUAUAUUAGCAUUAGUGAACUGUAUGAAGACUACUAGUUAAACCCCCAAACUUGUUGCUUCAAUUACAGCUUAUUCUGAAUUAAGCCGUCAAUGGCCUGAAUAACACACACAGGUUAUAAACAUGUUAACCCUAAUAUGUGACAAACUCACCAAAUAAAGGCUAUUUUGACCUAG